UGCAGAGACCGCAUGCAGCUGGGGCUGGCCCCCAUGGACACGUCUGCCAAGUCGGCGUUCCUGAGGCCCUCCACACGGGAGCGGCUCCGCACCAACCCGGCCAGAGUUCGCUUUGCCGAGCGCGACGCGCCCGACGCUGGUGACCACCAGCACCACCAGCAUCAUCAUCAUCAUCAGCAGCAGCAGGAGCACCACCUCCUCUUCAUGCCCAACGUUCUCAAGGUCUACCUGGAGAACGGGCAGACCAAGUCGUUCAAGUUCGACUCCGGUACCACCGUCAGGGACGUGGUUCACUGGCUGCAGGAGAAGCUGCGCAUCGAGCACAGCGAGCACUUUGCUCUGCUCCUGGAACGCGUCACCGCCACCACCACCACCACCGCCAUUACCACCACCAACGCCACCACCAACGCCACCACCACCAACGCCACCACCGCCACCACCACCACCACCACCAGCGCCGCCGUUCCAGCACUCACGCUGCUACCGGAGGGCGAGACUCUGGACAAGGUGGUUCGGAGGCCGGACGCUCGCUCCCUCCGCUGCAGAUUCCGCGUCGCCUUCUACCCUCGCAACGCCUACGAGUUCCUGUGCCGGGACCCCGUCGCCUUCGAAUACUUCUACCUGCAGUGCUGUAACGAUGUGGUACGCGAGCGCUGGGCGGGAGAGCUGAGCCGGGAGACGCUGCUGCUACUCGCAGCGCUGCACAUGCAGCAGCACGCAACCUGCAGCAGUAGCAGCAGCAGUAGUAGCAGCAGUAGCAAGUACACGGUGAAGCACAUCGUGAGGGAGUGGGGGAUGGAGACCUUUGUGCCUCCUUCGCUGCUCAGCUCCUCCAAGGACAGGGAGCUUCGCAAGACGCUCAACCACCACCUCAAGAUGCACCAGCAGCUGACCCCGUUGCAGCUUCGGGUGAAGUUGGUGCAGCGCCUCAGUGACGAGGCCGUCACGGCGGGAGGGAAAAUCUUCACCGCCAACACACAGAUGGUGAGCGGUGGUG